AUGUGACUGCAGCCAGGCGGAUGAUCAGGAAGUGAAACGGUUUGUUUACAAAAUGUUGCUGAUGCCCUCAGGUUAGCGGUUAGCCCUCAAAUGGCCCAGAGUGGAAAACUACUGUACCUCUAACUACAGGCAGGUGCAGAGUCAGGAUGAGAGGAGAAGUUCUGCUUAUAAUGACUGUUCUGUUAAUGGGAACAGUCACACACAUCAGAGGAGGCAGUGAUGAGUGUCAGGCGAGGUCCUUUGGCCAGAGCUCAGUAGUGUGUCAAUGUAAUGCUACCUACUGUGACUCAGUUGGUCAUGUCAUCGUGCCUCCUGUGGGUAACUUCCUAUCAUUCCUGAGCAGCAGAGCGGGUGCGAGACUUCAGAGGAAACAGGAUCAAGUGCAGAAGACCAGCACUGGAGCAGCUCUCCGGAUCACUCUGGUCCCCACAGAAAAGUACCAGCACGUUAAGGGCUUUGGAGGAGCCAUGACGGAUGCGGCUGCCAUGAACAUCCUCUCUCUGUCGACCAGAGCCCAGGACCAGCUGCUCAGACAGUACUUCUCCCCAGAGGGCAUAGAGUACAACGUGGUCCGGGUCCCGAUGGCCAGUUGUGAUUUUUCAACUCGUCUCUAUACGUACGCCGACUCCCCUGAAGACUACAGCUUGCUCAACUUUAGCCUGCCUGAAGAAGACACACGCAUGAAGAUUCCCCUGCUGCAGCGGGCACAAACCCUGUCUGCUCGUCCUCUCUCCCUAUUUGCUUCUGCCUGGAGCGCCCCGGCUUGGCUGAAGACUAAUGGUGAACUCGUAGGGAAAGGCUCACUUAAAGGAAAACCUGGGGGCAAAGAGCAUAAAACGUGGGCACAGUACUAUAUCAGAUUUCUGGAAGAGUAUGAGAAGCACAAUCUUUCAUUCUGGGGGUUGACCACAGGAAAUGAACCCACUGCGGGCGAAAUGACUAAUUACAGCUUUCAGGCUUUGGGAUUCACGCCUAAGCUCCAGCGUGAUUGGAUUGCUACAGACCUUGGUCCUGCCCUCCGUUCAUCUCCGUAUGCCAAAACCCGCCUUAUGAUCCUGGAUGACAACAGACUCCUGCUUCCUUACUGGGCCAAAGUGGUUCUAAGUGACAUUCAUGCUGCUCAGUAUGUCCAUGGCAUCGGCGUUCAUUGGUACUUGGAUCAAUUAUUUCCUGCCAAGAUCACACUGACGGCCACGCACGACCUCUACCCAGAGUAUUUUAUUCUGGGCACAGAGGCAUGUCCUGGUUGGAACAGUAUUGACCGUGGUGUGCGUUUAGGCAGUUGGGAAAGAGCUGAAGAAUAUGCCCAUGACAUUAUAGAGGACCUAAAUAACUAUGUGACCGGAUGGACAGACUGGAACUUAGCACUAGAUUUAAGUGGUGGACCAAACUGGGCCAAGAAUUUUGUGGACAGUCCUAUUAUUGUAGACCACAGCAAAGACGCCUUCUACAAGCAGCCGACUUUCUACAUCAUGGCUCACUUCAGCAAGUUCCUGUGGGAGGGGUCUCAGAGAAUAGGUGUGUCUGUUUCUGACCACACCUCACUGGAAAGUUCUGCCUUCAUCAGACCUGAUGGUUCUGUAGUGUUGAUUAUUUUAAACAGGUCUAAUGCUGAGGUGCGCUUCGAAGUCUGGGAUCAGACCCUGGGCUUUCUGCCUGCAAGUGCUCCUCCUCAAUCCAUCAUCACACUACUGUGGGCAACAUCCUAAUCACCAGGAUUCAAAUACAGCCUUAAGCUACUAUCUGAUUCACAUCAUUUCUAAUUCUAAUCAAAUUACCAUCUAGCCAGACUGCAUGUGGGCUAGCUGUCAGGAAUUCAGACCAUUACAAGUAGUCUGAGUGUAAGGUUUACUUGAAGUGAAAUAAAAUGAGUCUUGACCAAA